AUGGGGAAAACAAAGCCUGAAAGCAGGCACAUUUUUUGUUUGAUUGUUGGUGGUGGCUUGUGUGGUAUAUCCUUGGGGUUCCAGAUCAUCAGCACAAAGACUUUGCAUCAUGACGAAUUCCUCAUUCUGGACAGAAAUGAGGACUAUGGAGGCGUAUGGGAAAGUAACAAGUAUCCCGGAGCUGCCUGCGACAUUCCAAGCCACGCAUAUCAGAUGAGAUUGUUCUUGAACCCCACCUGGUCCAAACGACUUGCAGAAGGGAAAGAAAUCCAGCAAUACUACUCCCGGAUGGCUGAGGCUCGCGGGCUACGUCGCAGCACCAUGUUCGGCGUCGAGGUUCUUUAUGCAAAAUGGAACGAAGAGAUCUUACUGUGGGAGGUCCUCGUGGAAGAUAGGCAGACUCACCAACGCACCAGAUGGCUGGCGAACGUUCUCUUUGACAACGGAGGCGGCUUCCAUCGACCAAAGUAUGCCAAAAUUCCCGGACGAGACAAUUUCAAGGGGGAGCAGGUACACACCGCGGAGUGGCGGGACGACCUCGACCUGAAAGACAAGCGAGUGGCUCUUAUCGGGACUGGGCCGAGUGCAGCUCAAGUUGCUCCACGCAUCCAACCCUUGGUCAAACAACUCUACGUUUUCCAACGGAGCUCUGGCCAUGUCCUUCCCAGAAACAACCAGGUCAUCCCAACUUGGAUGAAAGCGUUGUUUGGGUGGUGUUACCCAGUCUUGUGGUUGUACCACGUCUGGUGGUUCAUAUUCUUUGAUCAGACAAAGACGAUGUGGAUGGAGGGAACCAAGGAGAAUCAAGCAAUGCACGACGCCAAUAUUGCCUUUCUGGAUGAGCAAGUCAAAGAUCCAGAGGUACGCGAGAAGCUGCGACCCCGAGCAGCGUUUGGUUGUAAGCGAGUCUUGUUCCUGGACGAUUGGUAUUCAUUGUUCAAUAAGCCGAAUGUUGAACUCAUCACCCACAAGCCGGUUCGGCUCACUGAGACGGGAAUCGUCUCCAAGCCCACCGAAGACAUGACCGAGGACGAACGAGCAGAACAGCCCACUGGAGCCUACCUUAAAAGGACCGACCAUGAAGAUCAUGGCGAGACCACUCGACAAAUUGACGUCAUCGUAUGGGGAACGGGAUUCGACAUGAACGACUCAGGAGGCCAUUUCCAGGUCUACGGUGUCGGCGGUAUCAACCUUUCCCAGACAUGGAAGGACUACCCACAAACGUACUGGGGAAUCGCAGUGACCAAAUUCCCCAACUUCUUCCUGGUCCUGGGUCCCAACUCGGUGAACUACUGGUCGAACGUGACCACCGUGGCGGAAAUCCAGAUCAACUGGCACUGCAAAAUGCUAAGACACAUCAAGCGCCAGUGCCAGACUCAGCGAUACGCUUUGUACCCGCGAACGGACGUCCAAGAAGAGUAUAACAACUGGCUCAAAAACAAUCGAGGCAAACCUGCUUUCCUGGCUCCUGGGUGUGCCACAUACCAUGUAACCCCGUCAGGAGCAACACCAAUGUACAACCAUUACCGAAUUUUCCAUACUGCCUGGAAACUGCUCUGGCCAACGCCGGGUGAAUUUACCGAGACCCGAAGGGCGCUCACACCUUCGGUAUAG